AUGGCCGAAAUCGAGAACCACUUCACGGUCUUCAUCCGUCUGCCCUUCAACCGGGGUGACUUUGUUGAUCCUCCCCCUGUAGCCUGGUCUGCUGCCAAAGAGCGAGCACUAUGGGAUGUCAUGUCCCGCCAAUCUAAGAACAAUGAAAUCGACUGGAAGGCUCUAUCAGAGAAAUUCGAAGUGACCCAGACCUUCCUCCUCCAGCAAGCUGCAUGGCUCUAUGAGCGACAGCUGUCCCAUGUUCGAGCCCAGAUGCGCCGGGUAGGAAACAGACAAUCCGCCACGCCAUCCCCCGCUCCAGGAUCAGCUUCAGCCAGCAUGGUGGGCGGCCAGACGAUGAAGAGAGCUGGAAGUGGUGGGUCACGUGUCCCUUCACGCUUGUCCACGCAGCACCUUGGAAGUCCUGUUGCGGGGGGAGGAGACAGUACGCCGGGAACUCCUGCUAAAAGCAGGACUUCUCUACCAUUUCGGAACCCCCCGGGGGCUGUUGGGGCUGCGGGUGGUCCACAGUCCAGAGUGGCUUCUGGAUCGUCGAGGCCAUUAUCAAGGCAGUCUUCCAAGGACGCAGAGGCACCGCAGUCCAGAAGGGGCAGUAUUCAACAUCCAUUGGCAAGAUCACCAGGACAGACGCGGAGUAACCAGCCUCAAUCAUCCGACUCGGAAGAUGAUAUGACUCAAUCCCGUAUUAUGGCUCGUCGACCAAACCCGUCGUCCAUGCACCGCCGAGUUCUAUCCUAUCGAAAGGAGCUCCAAUCCCAGAAAGGAACCGCCACCAAUCCGGAUGACAAAAGUCUUGUCCAAAGCCCACUUCCACAAGAAGAGGAUGACGACGAUGAUGACGAGCCCUCUUUCCUUCCCUUUGCCAAUCCCGCUUCCGAAGGCAAAGCUCGGCCAUCGUCUUCUUCCCAACAGGAUCCCAGCGCAACGCUGCGAGGCGCCUUACAAACACAGAGACCCGGCAUCAACCGACGCACGACAUCUGAACGCAUAGCCUCGUCUCCAACCAUCGAGCCACCUACCCCCCUUCAAACGCAACGAAAUCCGUCAAAUCUGACAUCCCCGACCUCAUCCCUCUCUUCCCCUACCCGGUCCACUGCUGCAAACACAACCUUAGCCCGACCCACACCUCGAAUCGAUGGUCAAAACUCCACUCAGGUCCACCUGGCGACACAGCCGCCGGUCAUUCCCAGGCUCGGCACGCCACUGUCUCCCCCUCACCGUGCCCUCCUGCAUAGCCACUCCCAAUCGGCAUCAGCAACCGCAUCCCCUCGCCGCCAUGGCACAGGUCCGGGGUCUGACACGUCGCCUUCUAUGGGUUCGUCCUUCUCCGACCUCGAUGACACAAGUGUGACGCAGUCGGCACUGGAAGAAGCAUUGUUGAGUGGAAUGGGGAAUACCACUAUGACGACGCAUUUUGGAGGGUUUGGGGGGAGGGUCACGAGCGGGAUUGGGCAGGCUCUAAGGUCGAGGUACUUUGAUGCGAGAGGUAGUGAAGGCCAUGGUCGAGGAGGCGGAGGUGGAGGAGGUACUGGCGGUGCCGCUGCAACUGGUAAUGUGAGUGAAAGAUGA